GCCACACCAGCAAAGAAGCAGCAGGAAGAAGUGCAAAGCUGCCUCUCCCUCCUCCCCCAUUCUCUCUCUUUUCCUCUCGCUCGCUCACAUCCACACCCAAGGAUACCCUCCUCGCCUGCGCCUCGCCAGCCCUUCCCUUGACCGUGUCCCCCCCCCCUUCUUCGAUUCCACUCCUCGGAGGACAAAAUGCGUGUCUGACCUCCUUCUUUUCCCCCCGCCCGAGACUUUCAGUGGACGCUCUCCUCUUUGCGCUCGACUUUUCUUUUCUUCUUCUGGUACCUGUGGAGGUUGCCGGCUUCUUCCAGUUCUUCCCCCGCCCCGGGUUGUCACGUUGCGAGGCAGGCAGCAUGCUGGGAUUGGACGUGUGUGAGUUUGGGGGUCAAGUGCUGCAGCUGCUGUGGCUGACCAUGUGCUACAGAGGUUUCAUGCUGGACAAGAAGGAGCUGCCUUUGGAGGGGGAAGAGGACGAGCGAAACCUCAACUACAAUCCUCCGGCCCAGAAGACUUUGCAGGAGAUUGAGGAUCUGGACCAAGAUGACGAGAGCCUGGUGAAAUAUAAGCAGACCCUGCUGGGGACCAAGCCAAUGGUGGCAGACGUCUCCGGUCCCAACGUGCAAGUGACCAAGCUGACCCUGUUGUGUAACGAGGCCCCUCGACCAAUUACCGUCGACCUUACAGGAGACCUGAGCAGCCUGAAGGAGAAGACAUUCACCCUAAAAGAAGGCAUCAAGUACAGGCUAAAAAUACACUUUAAGGUGAACAAAGAAAUUGUGGCGGGCUUGAAGUACCAUCAUGUCAGCUUCAGAAAAGGAAUAAAAGUGGACAAGGUGUCCUACAUGGUGGGCAGCUACUGUCCUCGCCAGGACGAGCAUGAGUUUGUGUGCCCCGCCGAUGAGACCCCUCAAGGCUUGGUGUCACGCGGCGUCUACCAGGUCAAGUCCUGCUUCAGCGACGACGACAAGAACGUCCACUCGGCAUGGGACUGGAACCUGGAGCUGAAGAAGGACUGGGACGAGUAGAGGUGCCAUCUUUUCUUCUCCUCCUCCUCCUCCUCCCUCUCUCUGCAGCGUUGAAAAGACAGGAUGCUCCCUUUUCUUUUUUUUCUUUUUCUCCUACGACUUCCUCUUUCACACGUUUAGAGAAGUGUCACCUCUCUUCCUCUUUGCAUUAAUCCUCGUCCGCGUCUGUGAAACACUACAUGGUGAGUAAGGCUUUUCUCAUCAUCCUGUCAUAGAAGGAUGUCAUGCAGGUGCAUUCGAUGCAAUUUCAAUGUGAAAAGUAGAGAAAAAAAUGCCGUGGUUGCGCUUGUUUACAGUGUUUACCGACUUUUAUGAAGCAACAUGUUAAUGACGUGCCUCCUGUCAUCCGGUAAAUAAUAAUAGUAAGUCCAUGUAUGAUUGUGCUUGGCCAGUUUGAUCUAGAAGUCAGGAUGUCCAAGUUUACAACAUAUUUCCACAAUGCAGCACAAAGUACAUGUCAAACCUUCCUAAAGUGGAGUAGCACAACAACCUCUGUCUCAAAGCGCCUUUUUAACAAGGAGUCGUAGAAACCAGAUGUCAUUAUGCCCAGUCAACAUGUUUAGUAUAGAACAGUACAGGUAAA